AUGACAACUGCACGUGAAGAAGAAUACCAGAAGUGCCGGCCUAACAGAAUACCAAGGCGACAUUGAGCGGGGAUGCCCUUACCGGCAUUCCCUGCAUAUCAUGAAUUACAUAAUGAUAUACUCUUGGUAAAACAUGUGAGGAAUCUAAACGUUGCUUCACUUAGGAUAGCAGGAGAAAAAUGAACGUGUUGGGACCCACGCCUUCGUCAACACAUUAUUGUUGCGUUUGUGGCAAUGAAUCGAAGUUUCGAUGUUCUUCCUGUCAAGUUGCUUAUUAUUGCAGCAAGUCGCACCAAAUCGAAGACUGGAGACGACAACACAGAGAGCAGUGUAUCAUCCAACAAAAGCUGAAGGAACUAGAUAUGGCACAAGUUGAAAUGGAAAGAUCGCCUAUGAGUGGAACCAGGACAGUAAAUCCCAAUCAGGUCGAUUUAACUCAGGCAGCGCCAUUUAUUGACAGUCAAAGACCAUCCACGUUCCCAGUUAUUGACAGAGUAAACCUUGUGUCUUUACAAGAACUUAGUGACAUGAUGUUAUUAGAUCUAGAAAAUCGCAACUUUUCUGUUGUUGAUAACUUCGUCGAAGAAAGGCUACUCGGUCAAGUCAUGGAAGAAGUUCGUAAACUUUAUGAAGAAACAACCUCCUUUCAGCCCGGUCAGCUCACUAGCAUAAAUAAAAAUUCUGGACACCCCGCUCAAGCUAACAAAGAAGUUCGUGGGGACCUUGUCACCUGGGUAGAUUCUACAACGUACCCGGAAAUGAAAUCCUUGAUGUCAGCAGUGCGUCGAACGGACGAACUGAUUGCAAUGAUGAGUAGUGACCAGAAACUUGUAGGGUGCAAUAUUCGUAGCAGGUCCAGCGUAAUGGUUGCUUGUUACCCUGGACAAGGGACACGCUACAAAAGACAUGUCGAUAACCCAUAUAAAGAUGGAAGAAAGUUAACAACUAUUUUAUAUUUGAAUGAAAACUAUGACGCGACGCGUGAUGGUGGCGUUCUCAGAAUUUACAAACCAGAUGGAUCGUCCUUUUACGAAAUAGAACCCGUGUUUGGACGAUUAAUUGUAUUUUGGUCUGACAAUAGGACGCCACAUGAAGUACUUCCAAGUUAUCGUGAAAGAUUCGCUAUAUCUGUCUGGUAUUUUGAUACAAAAGAAAGAAACGAUGCAUUAUCAGGUGUCUCUGCAACAAAUUUAUGACCGUUUGAACUAUUUUUUUCGCAUCUUAUUUGCAUUUGAGAUAGAUCGUUGUUACUCUGUAAUCAAUGUCAUUUUGAUACAAAUUUUCAUGAUUUCUCAAUUGGUUAAAGAAGCAUUAUUGUAUGAGGUAUUUAUGUUAAUUUCAGUACUUUUAUAUUCAGUACCUAUUUUUACUGAUUCCAUGUAGGUUUUUCACACUAUCAUUUUUCGGCAGUUCUUGCCUUUCAAAAGAGCAUAUGAAACCUAUAUUGCAAUACGACAACAGUUUGUUGUUCAAGGCUAGGAGCUGUUCAAGAAAGCCCAGACGUUGUUCGAGCAAUCAAAAGAGUUGAGAGUAUCAGUCAUAUGUGCAAUUUUCCUAGUUGUUUUGGGCUUCGCAUCUCGUACCUGGAAUGAGUGCUAUCAAGUUUAACGGCCUGUUACCAAAACCAUUCCGUGUUUUCUUAUUGUUUUUCACUUUUGAGAAUAUGACGUUCAUUUGUAUCAAAAAAUGCGAAGGAUUUCGCUACUUUAACACUAACUCGUAUGGCCUUCAAAGAGAUGUCUCUGUUAUUCCAUACAUUUUUGUUAAUUUGAAAAGCUUUUUCUGUCCAAAAACGGCCUUAGCAGCAGAUAAUGUACGUUGAAAGGAAAUAUACGAUAAGACUUCCUAGGUUUAUUGACAGUUAACUGAAGCUCUCGAUUGUCACUAAUUAAGUGGCCUUUUGCCUAAAAAACCACACAGUCAAAAUAUAAUUACAAUCUAUUAUUUAAAGUAGCUAUCAAACUCUUUAUUACCUGCUUCUCUGCUCUUCGUCUUAAUUUCUUUUCAAUUUGAAUUUUUAGAAUAUAUUUACUCUUACUGUGGUCUACAUUUUAGUCAGUAUUCGUAGAACCUAAUUGUUACGUAAAAUUCCCAUUUUAUUAUGUAGAUUUUAUGUCUGUGCAUUUUCGACAGUCCCAACAAGAUUUGUUUGCUGCUCAACAAAGUUGAUAUGCUUUGUAUGUAAUUGUUUGUACGAAAGUUUGCACAUAUGUACGUCUUUGUUCUGCUAUUCCAUAAAAGAUUUGAUUAUAUGUA